AUGCCUGAACCGGAGGUUCAUGAAGUUCCCACCAAUGAGCCGGUCGCUGUGUCCUGGGACGGACCAGACGAUCCUCAUAAUCCGCAAAACUUUUCGAACAGCAAGAAGUGGGUUAUCACGGCUGUCUGUUGUGCUUUGACUGUCAAUGCAACAUUCGCUUCUUCCGCCCCUAGUCUUGCAGGUGAUCGGUUGAUUGCACGGUUCAACAUCAGUGAAGAGGUGUCGGAUCUGGUCACCGCUCUCUUCCUGAUGGGUUAUGUUUUGGGGCCCGUUUUCUGGGGUUCCGGAAGUGAAAUGUUCGGGCGUAGAUAUGUUUUGUUGAUCGCCAUGUGUUCAUACACAAUUCUUUUCGUUGGUCAAGGCGUAGCUACCAAUAUUCAAACUGUUCUCAUUUUGCGGUUUUUCUCCGGAGCGUUUGCUGUGGCGCCUCUUAUUACAAGUGGAGGUAUCCUUGCGGAUGUAUGGAACGCCCAAGGCCGUGGAUACGCAACAAGUCUUUUCGGUGGAUGUGUGUUUUUGGGUCCUUCCCUGGGACCUCUCGUUGGCGGUUUCGUUGCUGCCGACCCCCGCCUAGGUUGGGAAUGGAUCUAUUGGGUUAUGAUGAUUUUUGCCGGCGCGUGUACACUGUUCGCCAUAGUGUGCUUACCCGAAACAUACGGUCCCGUCCUCUUAACUCGCAAGGCAGUACGUCUACGGAAAGAAGACCCUAUCACCAACAGGAACUUGUUUUCUGACCACGAGAAAUUAGACUCGUCCCCUCACGGGAUUUUGGAGCGUACUUUAUACCGUCCCUGGAAGAUGAUGGCUAAAGAACCCAUCCUAAUGCUCAUCACCGUAUACAUGUCCGUUGUGUAUGGAAUUCUAUACGCCUUAUUUGAGGCUUUUCCUGUUAUAUUUAUAGAGACCAGAGGGUUUACCAUCACUCAACAAGGCCUUUUAUUCAUUGGAAUCGGCAUCGGCAGUGUUUUGACGACGUUCAUGAACUUGUACUUUGCAAAGCAAGUCAACAAGAUCAUUCCCAAGUGGAAAGGGUUUCCUCCUGCGGAACUAAGGCUCUACAGUGCCAUGAUCGGCUCUGUUAUGUUGGUAAUCGGUAGCUUCUGGCUUGGGUGGACCGGAAAUUAUGCGAGUGUACCCUGGUAUGUACCAGGUAUCAGCACAGUAUUUGUAGGAAUGGCGAUCUCUGCUAUUUUCACUUCGCUAAUCACUUACAUUGUCGACACGUAUUUGCUGCUCGCCGCCUCCGCCCUUGCAAGUAAUACGAUGAUUCGAUCUCUGGUUGGAUCCGUGUUUCCUCUUUUCACUGUACAGAUGUAUCACAAUCUGGGUAUCAAUUGGGCCUCAACACUGAUCGCUUUGAUCUCCCUGCUUUUGGCACCGAUACCCUUUCUGUUCUUCAAAUACGGUGCACGAAUCCGUCAACAUAGUCAAUUCGCCCCCUGCUUGGAUCUCAAAAUUGCGAAGCAAAUCCAGGAGCAAGAAGAAGUACAGGUAAGGAUAGAAACCCAUUAG